AUGGCCGGCAUAGACUUGGGUUCAGCAUCACAACACUUUGUUCAUCGUCUUCAACGCCCUGACCUAGAAGUUCAUGAUGAGAGUCAAGAUCAAGAUGGAAACAAUAACCAUGAAGGGCUUGAUCUAGUUUCACCGAAUCACGGUCUUGGUGAUGUUGUUGGUCGUAGACCAAGGGGCAGACCUCCAGGCUCAAAGAACAAACCUAAACCGCCGGUGAUCAUUACAAGAGAGAGUGCAAAUACGCUUAGGGCUCAUAUUCUUGAGGUUAGUAGUGGUUGCGAUGUGUUUGACUCGGUCGCUACCUAUGCGAGGAAGCGUCAAAGAGGAAUCUGUGUUCUUAGUGGGAGUGGAACUGUCACUAACGUGACCCUGCGACAGCCAGCUGCCGCAGGAUCUGUAGUGACACUUCAUGGAAGAUUUGAGAUAUUAUCGUUGUCUGGAUCGUUUCUACCACCCCCGGCUCCACCGGGGGCAACUAGUUUGAGUGUGUUUCUUGGUGGAGGUCAAGGUCAAGUCGUGGGAGGAAAUGUUGUUGGUCCUUUGGUUGCUUCUGGGCCGGUUAUCGUUAUUGCUUCGUCGUUUACCAACGUAGCUUACGAGAGGUUACCAUUAGAUGAAGAUGAAUCUCUUCAGAUGCAACAAGGGCAAUCGUCUGCAGGCGGUGGUGGUGGUGGUGAUGGUGUUAAUAACUCGUUUCCCGACCCGUCUUCGGGACUUCCAUUCUUCAAUCUACCUCUAAAUAUGCCUCAAUUACCUGUGGAUGGUUGGGCUGGAAACUCUGGUGGAAGACAAUCUUAUUGA